CUCUGAUAUCUGGCCGCUCUCCGCUAGCUUGGUGCUGAAAUCUCCGGCUCAUACACACGCCCUGAAGCCUUGGCUGAGGCUGGAAUGAUCAUGGCUGAGUCUACAGAUGAUCCAGGAGGAGAAGAAGCCACAGGAGGGGCAACUGCCCGACAGAGAGAGCACUCACCUAUGUUGCACUUGGACCUUUAUAACUUUGAGUCCUCUGAAGCAGAGGGAAGCCGAUAUGUUUUGACCAGUCCACGAUCACUAGAAGCCUGUGCUCGCUGUAUGGUAAAACCAGUGGAAAUUCUGUCUAGAAGUCUAUCUGAUCUGGUACGUGAAGCACCAGGAAGAUCCAUGCGGGUGGCAAAAGGUCUUUGUGAGGUAUAUGAAAUAGAGCGUCAGAGAAAGUUGCAGAUGUGCAGGGAAGAAAGAGAACGGAUUAUACGUCAAGAAAAGAGAAGAAUCCUACCUUUAGUGACAAGCAGCAGCCUGGGAUCACCUUCCAGCUCAAAUGCUCCAUCUAGAGCAGAACCUCAUUCUUCAACAGCUGCACAAAAUCAUGAUCUUCCAAAAUCUGUAGAACAACAAAAUAAUGAGCCACCAACCACCAACCAGAUUCGCCAGAUGGUGAAAAACCCUCCUUUGUCCCAAGGAUCUCAGAGAACUAAGCAACCCACUUUUAAGGGGCCACAUAAACAUCGCUCAAAAGUGUCUAGGAACAUCCAGAAGUAUGAACCAUCAGCAUGUAAUGACCUUCAAAACAGAGAGUGCACUGUUUCCAGGAAACCAACCUACUCUGUUCCCCCCAAAACUAAAAGUCAGUCUCUGGAUUCCUUGCAGAAGGCGAGAGGUGGAGUUUCUGCAAAAACUUCCUCUGAGUCUACAACCUCCUCUGGUAGUGGGGAUGGGAGGGACAGAGCUGUGCAGUUCAUUCAGAGGUCUAGGACACUAGACACUGUCGACUCACUGAUGGGUCGGAGCUUUAGUCUGGGAGAUCUAAGCCACUCACCACAGACAACCAAGAAGGUAGAGAAAAUGGUUAAGGAGGUGAAGAAGAGGGGUGUCCAAGAGUUGCCUCAGAGAGACAAGAAGAUAGCAGCAAUUAUGAUUGCCAAGCACCAGGAGGAGAAUAUCAGGAAGGAGCAAAGGUACUGGGCUCACCUUCAGUGGGACAUACAAAGGAAGAACUCUGAACUCAGAAAGGAGCAAGAGGAAAAGGAAAGGCAGAAGGCCCUGGUACAUGGACAAACGUUUUGGGAGAGUCAUAUGAAGAUUAGACAAAACAGAAAUUCUGUUGGAGAGAUGAAUACAGAGUCACUGACAAAAAGUAAAAGUCCCCUACUAGAGGAAAAAAAGGUAAAAAGGGAGAAGCUGGUGAGCACACAAACAGAAGUUAAACAAAGCAAGCCAAAAGAGGAAAAAAAGGAGCAAGGACGUUUAUUCCAGGAUAAGUUACUUACAGCCGAGCACAAAAAGAAAGAUAAGGAAGAACAACUGCAGAUAAGCAAAAGCCUUCAGAACAAAGCUGAGAAGAUGAAACACCAGGCUAUGGUACAUGAUCUCUCCCAGAAGAAAGAGUCUGAAAAUGAGGAACUCAGGAAGACCCUUCAGAAAAAUCUUCAAAGGGCCCAAGAGAAUGUAGAACAACUACUUGAGAAAAGACACCAAGAGCUGAAGGAGAGGGGUCAGAGAGAAGAAUUGCAAAUCCUACGGGCUAAGCAAGCAGCAGAGAAGCAAGAGCGAGAGCGUCAAGAGCAUUUGAAGGAAAAGGCAAGACUUGCUGAAAAGAGACUGCAGCAUGCUGCUCAAGUUGCUGAGGAAGUGGUACAGCACAAGGCAAAGAAAGCCAUAGAGUGCCGACUGGAGAAAGAAAAGAUACAGAGAGAGAACCGACAAAGAGUUCAGAAGAAUGAGGACAUGAAAAGAAAGGAGCUACUGGAAUCAAUAGAAAAAAAGCUGGAAAGAAGUGAUCUGAUAUCCAGGGAAAGGCAGUCUGUGCUUGACAAUGCACGCUCAGUCGCAAGGGCGUCUUUUAAUAUCCGAGAGAAAGUGCGAGCUGAAACAAAUACUAGAACUUUUGAUAAGAUGGCCCUCGAAGCUGAAUUCUAUGCUCACAUUAACAAAAAAUGAAGGACAACAGGGUAUUAAGAAAAAUACAGCUAUGCCAGGCACAAUGUCAAUUGUCUUACUAGACUGCAAAAAUCUGCUAUGCACUUAUAAAUGGUUUAACUAUUACGUGGUAAAAGGAAACUUGCUAAGUGCAAAAAGCCCAAAAUAUCUGAUUGGUUCUGGUACAUUUACCAAGCCAAGUGUGUAAAAUUGAAACCUCAACAAUAUCUUACAGGACAGAAUCAGGGGAAACUUGGUAUGAAAUUGGCCGUGUCCAACUGAGCCUCAGCAAUGCUGAUUGUUAUUACCUGUAAAACUGCCUAUGUUUUCUGCCACUGAGAACUAGAGGUGUCCUGUCCAAAUCUCCAAAUCAGUGCAGGAUAUUUCAUAUUCAGGGACAUCUCUGAAAAUCACAUCUGUUAUAUUUCUGAUAUUUUACAACCCCCUAAGCUGGUACAGAAUGCUUGGGACCUGGGGUUUUCCCGAUAACGGAUCUUUCCAUAAUUUGGAUCUUUAUGUCUUAAG